AUGCAUCUUCACUUCUUAAUAGUUCUUUUCGCACUGCUGGCAGUGGUUACUAGAUCAGACGCUCAAGGACAAGAAGGAGCUGGAGUACCUGGAGGCCCCUUCACUAAUGAAGAGUUAAGAAGUUCGUAUGGGGGACUUGGAUGGCCUUAUCCUGGAGGACCAGGAGGAAAUCCAUACGGAGUACCUCGAGGGCCAUUUCCAGGCGGACAAGGGGGUAAUCCGUUCGGACUGGUUCCCGGAGGAGGUUUUCCAGGAGGAUUCGGCGGGCCAGGAGGAAAUCCUUAUGGAGGAUCAUUCCCCGGCGGACAAGUAGGAAGCUCGUAUGUCAGGCCUGGUGGACUUCCGUUCGGAGGAAUGAACUCGUAUGGAGGAGCUGGAGGAUAUUCAUAUAGAGCUGGUGGAAGGAUGUAA